GCGACAUUUGAUAAUUGAGACAACAGUGAUAAAAUAGAUGCAAUAUUUAAAAAAAUAUUAAUUAGAUUUUUAAGAUGACACGGUUCAGUAUAUAUAUGUGAUUUGUAAUAAUCAAUUUAAAAUCUACCUUUGAAAGUGAUGUACAGUUUACUAUUAUUUGUGAUAUUGGCUGAUUUUUUAAGAGAAGUAUGUGCAAUCUCAGACGUCGAUAUUGUACCAAGAGAUGCAUGGGGGGCCCGCCCCCCCUACAUGAUAGAAGCUAUGGCGAAUCCAGUGCCGUACGUCGUAAUACACCACAGCUACAUCCCCCCUGCUUGUAACACCACUGAGGAUUGCAUGCAAGCUAUGAGGUCGAUGCAGGAUUACCAUCAACUAAACCACUCGUGGAACGACAUUGGGUAUUCAUUUGCUGUGGGUGGCGAUGGUAGGGCGUAUAUGGGCAGAGGAUGGGACCGUGUGGGAGCCCAUGCUCCGAAAUUUAACGACAAAAGUAUUGGAAUCUGCAUCAUAGGAGACUGGAGUGCGGAUCUUCCGCCUGAACGACAACUUAAGGUAACGCAAGAUUUAAUAGAGAUGGGGGUUAGAGAUGGAGCCAUUCAGAAAGACUACAUUCUUCUGGGGCACAAACAGACCAAAAAGAAGGGCGCUACGGAAUGUCCUGGUGACAGGUUGUUCGAAGAAAUUCAAACUUGGCCCAACUGGCAGAACGAGGCUUUACCUGAUGGCAAGAAAGAGACUUUUGAUUGAAAACAGUAUUAUUAAAAUAAAAAAAAUUAUUAUUAUAAUACAUCAGAUUCUUUAAAUGAAAUUUUAACGACUGUGCGGCUUUCCCACAGACCACGGUG